AUGCUGGUGCACACCUACUCCCCCAUGGAGCGCCCCGACGGGCUGGGCGCGGCGGCUGCAGGGGCCCGCCUGUCGUCUCUGCCCCCGGCGGCCUACGGGCCGGCGCAGCAGCUCUGCCACACGCCCGCCGCCGCCAGCGAUUUCCAGCCGCCCUACUUCCCUCCGCCCUACCCACAGCCGCCACUGCCCUACGGCCAGGCGCCCGACGCCACCACCGCCUUUCCCCACCUGGCCAGCGACCCGUACGCCGGCCUGGCGCCCCUGGCACAGCCGCAGCCUCCACAGGCUGCCUGGGCCGCGCCCCGAGCUGCCGCCCGCGCCCACGAAGAGCCGCCCGGCUUGCUGGCGCCGCCAGCCCGCGCCCUGGGCCUAGACCCUCGCCGGGACUACGCCGCCGCGGUGCCACGGCUCCUGCACAGCCUGGCCGACGGCGCGCACAGCCUGGCGGACGCGCCCCUGGGCCUCCCGGGGCUGGCGGCGCCGCCUGGUCUGGAGGACCUGCAGGCCAUGGAUGAGUCGGGAAUGAGCCUCCUGGAGCAGUCUGUGAUCAAAAAAGUCCCCAUGUCCUCCAAAGCCAGCAGCCUCUCUGCCCUCUCACUGGCCAAAGACAGCCUGGUUGGCGGCAUCACGAACCCCAGUGAGGUCUUCUGCUCCGUGCCAGGCCGGCUCUCACUGCUCAGCUCAACAUCCAAGUACAAGGUGACAGUGGGGGAGGUCCAGCGGCGACUGUCACCUCCUGAGUGCCUCAACGCCUCACUGCUGGGUGGUGUCCUUCGCAGGGCCAAGUCCAAGAAUGGAGGCCGGUGCCUGCGGGAACGGCUGGAGAAGAUAGGGCUCAACUUGCCAGCCGGCCGUCGCAAGGCUGCCAACGUGACACUGCUGACUUCGCUGGUGGAGGGAGAGGCCAUACAUCUGGCCCGAGACUUCGGCUACAUCUGUGAGACUGAGUUCCCAGCCAAGGCAGCUGCCGAGUACCUGUGCCGACAGCACGCCGACCCUGGGGAACUGCACAGCCGCAAGAGCAUGCUGCUGGCCGCCAAGCAGAUCUGCAAGGAAUUUGCAGACUUGAUGGCUCAGGAUCGCUCGCCACUGGGCAACAGCCGCCCGGCACUCGUCCUGGAGCCAGGAGUACAGAGCUGCCUGACACACUUCAGCCUCAUCACCCAUGGCUUCGGGGGGCCGGCCAUCUGUGCCGCCCUCACUGCCUUCCAGAACUACCUGCUGGAGUCGCUCAAGGGGCUGGACAAGAUGUUUCUAAGCAGUGCGGCCAGUGGGCAUGGCGACACCAAGGCUUCGGAGAAGGAUGCCAAGCGUCGGAAAUAGCUGCUUCCCCAGCCCCAUCCCUCGGGGGCUCCCUGAAAUGAGGCCUUAGCUCCUGGGGUGGGCCUGAAAGGAUUAAAAGGUGGGGUUGGAGUCAGGCCAGAAAGAGAACAUUCAUCCAGAAACCCCCAAGUCGGGGGCCUGGGGUGAAAAAGUGGAGGGUGGCCUCUCUGAGGCGGUUCGUUGAUAAGCGCUCAGUUGUCUGCAAUUUUCUGACCCUGGAUUGCUGAGAAGUGCUUGAACUUGGCUCGGGAGAACCUGGUUCUCAGGGCUGAGCCCUGCCCAUUAGGGUGCUUGGGCAGUGGCGGGUGCCCCUAGGGUCCAAGGCUUUGCCGUGUUUUACCGAAGGCAGGAGGGAAACCAGAGGUGCUCCUGAGGACUUGGCACCCUUCAUUCCAGAAUUGCUGCCCCCCAAAAAAGGGGUGCCGGCAGGAAAACCCCAGUGGGCUCUUUGGACCCCUCCCAUUUUGGAAAGAAAUGGAUAGGAGGGGCCCUCAAGGAGCUAAGAAGGCAAAGCACAAAUGGCAGAACAGCUGCACUUCACACACAGCUCUG